AUGCCUGCAGCUGCAGUGCUAAUGUCACGAAGAACGGAAUGCAGGAAAUGUGGAAAACCCCUACAAACAGACCAAAAUUGGAAACCAUUGUCGUGUAUCACCUUACUCGUGGGACCUAUCUUGGUUGUCGUCUUUCGAAGAAGUGUUCUAAGUGCAAAGUAUAUGAACAUUAUGGGUUUUUUACUGAAAAUGGCCAAAGAACGUUUGAUUUAG